CACACACACACACACACACACACACACACACACACACACGGGGGCAGAGAGUAAAUGUGUUACACUGAAGCAGCCGGCAGCUUGGUAAAGAGGAAGAUGGAUGCCUCGGAUGCCUCUCCUGUCGAGCUACUCGGCUGAGAGACGGAGCCAGCUGAGACUCCAGAGCUGCGGCCGUGUGUGUUUCUGCUUCCAGGUCAAACACUAGUAAUCUGCCCUCACCCUCUUCACUACAGGGAAGUGCAGAUAAUGACGUUCAAAUGAGUGUCUUGCACACUGAGCGAAUGUAUCAGCCAAUCAUCUGGCCUCGUGUCACAGAUACAGAAAGAGCAGCUUAACCAUGGUGGCAUGUAGCUUAACAUCUACGUGGAGAUAUGUGUUUACUUCUAUCAAUGUUUCUGUGGCCUGUUUGGGAAAGCAGACCCUUCUGGAGGGACCUUCAGUGUUGAGCUACCUUGCAGUUGUUCAUAAAUAGUGUCAGUCACUGGAUAUUAAAAUGAAUGCACUUUGCUAUGGAUUAUGAAUAAGCUGUUUAGGUAGGCCUCCAAAAAAGCCAAAGGCAAAUAUGUGUUUUUUUAAAAACCGUGUCAGAGCUUGUGUGUUAACUGAAUGUACUACCUGAUUCCUUUAGUAAGUGCGACACAUUUGUACUAGUACAUUAUUUUGUCAGGAGAUUACAGGAAAAUAUUUAUAUGGAUAUUUAUAUGAGGGGAAAAAAAUAUACAAUGUUAAUACUUUGCACAGUAUCAGAUAUGUAUUUGUUAAUUUGUUACUUGGUAAAGGAUUGUUUUAGAUGUUUAUGUUUACAGUUGAAAAGAUUUAAGUGCUUUACAGAAUUGCAUUUUUUGCCAGAUUGUGUUAAUAUUUUCUUGGAAGGUUCUUCUGUAUUGUCAAAAUCAGAUAUGAGUGUAUCUGGUUCUAUUUUACAUUUAGACAUUUAGUCAUUUAGCAGACGCUUUUAUCCAAAGCAACGUACAAGGGAGGCGUAGUUUGGGCGUAGUUGUUUAGAUGUAGCCACAAAUGAUUAUUCUAUGCUGUGAGGACACACUUGCCAUCUCUGGUAUGUUGGUGUGGCCUUUUGUGAACUUUGUACAAUAAAGUUAGCUCAGAGACGCAGUUUCGCGAACACUUUGUAACCUCAGUCAUUCGCAUGCGCAGAAUGAUGACAACUAUUGAAUAUUGUCCAACCCCCUCUCGAUUUAAGACGUCCUUGGAACGUCUCCCACGUUCCAUCAGUUGAAAAUGUCACUGCAAGUGCGCAAGGGGCCCACUUUAUUUACUUCAGUCCAGUCGCCCGACCAACCAUUACUCUCGCCUCAGCUCAUGGCUCUGAGGUAUUUCCCGUUUGUUCGGCUAGGGAGUGUGUGACAUCAGGGGGCGACAUCUGCAAAUACAUGAAAAUAUAACAUCUGGAGCCCUCAGCUUUUUUAUGAUUGUUGUUUCAGAUUGCGUAAAACAUAGCCUUAAUCCCAUGCGUUAAAGGCGAACCUUACAUCUGAACGCUUUUAUGAUUCAUACAUGUGACUUUGUUUCUGUUCUUCCGAAAACAUCUUCCUUUGAAACUUGGUAACUUGAUAGGCGACCGUAAUUCGUGUAAUAAAAACUCUCGGGCGCUGGAGUAGCACUUGGACUCCGUCUAAUUAAAACGGAGACAGCACAUAAAGUGCCACAUCACAUACUGAGUGGAAUAAAAACGGAUGGCCAUGAAGGUGGUUAUUUUGGUGAAUGCAGUGAUUGCAUCCAUCUGGUGUGCUCCUCCUCGACGAUGCGAACCCGGAGAGGAAUUUUUGGGAUGGUGCAAAACUCCAGUGGAACAUAAACCCAAAUGCAGCGACCUGGUGUUGGGCUACUGUGAUGACAUGCCCUACUCACACACCAUCUUCCCCAACCUGGUGGACCACCGUAACCGGGACGACGUGGAGCAGAGCGUGGAGUACCUGCUGCUGAGCGUGGUGCACUCCCUGCUGAACGGCGAGUGCACGCCGGACGUGCGCCUGCUCGGCUGCUCCGUGCUGACGCCGCGCUGCGAGGGCGGACGCGCCCUGCGACCGUGCCGGAGCGCCUGCGAGGCCGUGAGGCGCCGCUGCACGCACGCCUUCGACACCAUCCGCAUGGCCUGGCCCUACUUCCUGGACUGCGACCGGUUCUUCGUCGGCGAGGAGGAGGGCUGCUACGACCCCCUGGAGGGCCUGAGAGCUGAGGAGACCCCCGAGAUGCUGGCGGCGAGUGUGGCCCCCGAGGAGCCGGCCACCAUCCUGCAAUUUGUCUACCACACGCACACACAGCUGCUCAACACGCUCAAGCGCACCGCCGCCAACUGCCCCGACAUCGCCCGCACAUACACCAUCGGCAGUAGCUCCGAGGCCAAGGACCUGCUGGUCAUCGAGUUCUCCAACAACCCUGGCCAGCACGAGUUAUUGGAGCCUGAGGUGAAGUACGUGGCUAACAUGCACGGUAACGAGGCCCUGGGGCGUGAGCUGCUCAUCUACCUGGCGCAGUACCUCUGCUCCGAGUACCAGCUGGGCAACAGCCGCGUGCAGACGCUGGUCAACACCACCCGCAUCCACCUGCUGCCCUCCAUGAACCCCGACGGCUACGAGCUCGCCAGCGCAGAGUCAAAUGCUGGUGGAGACAUCGACUACGAUGAGGAUGGCAGGUAUGAGGGACACAUAACCGGUCGAGGAAACGGACAGAACAUCGACCUCAACCGGAACUUUCCAGACCUGACCUCCAUUGCCUACAACCGUCGGCGUCACCGGUACCACCGCACCGACCACAUCCCAAUCCCCGACGCCUACUGGUUUGGUAAGACGGUGGCUUCUGAAACCUAUGCUGUGAUGAAGUGGAUUCGCUCCAUCCCAUUUGUACUGUCAGCCAGUCUGCAUGGGGGAGACCUGCUGGUGUCCUACCCCUACGACCUGUCCAAACACCCCCAGGAGGAGAUCCUCUUCUCCCCCACACCAGACGAGCAGGUGUUUAAACAGCUGGCCAGAGUGUACGCGGACUCCCACAGGACGAUGACCAGCAACAACACGGAGCGUUGCGGGAGCGACUUCACCGACAAGGGCAGCAUCAUCAACGGAGCGGAGUGGUACAGCAUCAGAGGGGGCAUGGCGGACUUCAACUACCUGCACACCAACUGCUUUGAGCUGACGGUGGAGCUGAGCUGUGACAAGUUCCCCCCCGAGGAGGAACUGUACACCGCCUGGCAGGACAACAAGGAGGCGCUGCUCAGCUUCCUGGAAUCAGUUCACCGUGGAAUCAAAGGGAUCGUGAAAGACGAGGAUGGGAGGGGAAUCAAAGGAGCGAUCGUCUCUGUCAAAGGCAUCCGCCACGACAUCAUCACAGCUGAAAAGGGGGACUACUGGAGGCUCCUGACGCCAGGGAUCCACAUCGUGACGGCGUCGGCACGCGGCUACACCCGCGCCAUGAAGAAGAUCUACCUGCCCGCGCGCCUGGAGAAGGCCGGCCGCGUGGACUUCAUCCUGCAGAAGGCGACGCUCAACCCGGACGACGAGGACUACGUGCCCAGCGUCCCCUCCAUGGGCACCUACGAGCGCUUCGACCCCUACAACCAGUUUGCCCGUUACAACACGCGAGACGCGGCAGCGCCGGGCAUCGAGAGGCAGGAGAACCCCUGGUGGUGGUCCUACUUCGCCCGGUCCACUGGCACGGCACCCAACUGGCUCCUCAAGGUGGAUUAGAGCGCCCUCUGGUGGCUGCUAUCAGUCAUUGCAGGCAGACUCCUUCACCCUUCCUAAAGGCUUUUGCACUUUCACAGUUUGUCACUAUGAGGAAUAUGUAAUGAAGUGUGAAUGUUUGGAUAUGUGAUGCACAGUCUAGAUCACUGGUGUAGGUGCAGUAUGC